AGUAAAACGAUGCAUGUUAUCGAUGACUAAACACAGCGACAUUCGUGCCGAGAGCAACUAUGCAUGUUAUCGGUGGCUAAUCACAGCGCUAUUCGUGCUCGAUCGUAGAGCGUCCCGCGUUUUUUUACGUUCGUUUGUUUUUCAGUUGCUGCUUUGAAUUGAAAUUGCCAAAAACAUAAUUAAAAUCGUUUUAUAAAAAUGAGUUCUUUCCUCAAUUUACUAUCGGAUGACUGUGUAAAUUUCGAAAAGUGCGGCGAUGUGAUCGUGUCAACCAAGGAUAAUAUGAUUGGCAUAUAUUGUCAUUUCUGUUGCGACAUUUACACAAAUUUGUCGGAAUUUCUGCAUCAUUUGCAAUGGAUGCACAACAAUCUGCUUGGCUUCACUAAGCCGCACAGUGUUUACACCGUAGAGGAGCUGAUGGCACAGGAAGAUGUGCAAACGCAGACGAAUAUCAGCAGCAGCAGCAGCGAUUCCGGGUUGCCAGCUGAUGCUGCAGCUGCAGCUGAAGCUACCUGCUUGGGGCGCGGCAACAGCUGCAGCAUGGAAACCGAUCCAACAAAUCAGAAUAUUUGUAAGGCAUUGUCCGAAUUGGACUACAGAAAAACGAAGUCAAUAAACAAGAAUGAAAAUGUGUUGCAGUGGCGGGCAGAAGACAAAUGUACACCGUUGUCGGUGGAUGCUGAAACAAGGGACGUACUAGCCGAAGUGGAGGCCUUGUUGGCAGAGUAUGAUCCAGAGACUAAAGAUACAAUAGUUCCUGACAAAGCACAGCCACAGGCGGAAGAUGAAACAGAACAAGGCUCAGAAUUGCAACAAAUGUUGCAACCUGCUACCUCGCCAGAUAUUGAUGAGCUGCACAAAGAACAUCCCGAAACUAAGCAUUUGGAGAACAAACAGAUUCCUGUGGACACAAGCGCGGCGUCUUUCAAAUCCACAGAUUGCAAAGUAAACAACACGGAUACGCAGCAGAACACAGAACACAACUCGAAGUGUGCCCGACCCUCCAACUUUGAAACGACAAAACUAAAAUCCGCCAAGUCCAAGUCCACUUGUGAUUAUAAGAGCUAUGCGAUCGCACGUUCCGUACGCAAGCGGCAGCAACAGCAGCGCUUGAAUAAUAUUAAAAAGCGCAUAGUGCGUUCGCUGGAAAACGAUUCGCGUAAAUUGCAGCACGUACCUCUCAAGCCAGCUAAUGUGGAGACGCUUAUUGAAGAUCUUUUAAAAAUUAAUAGUAUGUCACAGCAAAAGCAAAUGCUGUCAGAAAGACCACCAAUAGAGCCCUUAGCUAAGGCUGAGUAUAAGCUACCGCCCACAAAAAUUGAGCCUAAAUUAAAUACGCAAGGCGCAGAGAAUUCAAAACGUAUCAAAAAUACCACAGGCAGCAGCACAGUUGAAAUCGUAUUAACAGUGUCAGAGUUUAGAGAACCUAUUGCAAAGGACUCAGUUUUAAUUAAUCCAAAGUCCAAUCCAAACCGUGCUUUAGUAAACAAGAUUAAACCCGAGAAUAAAGACACCAUACAGUUAAAAACACAACCUGAACCAAAUACAUCUUCACCGAAACAAGACAAGGAGAAUGCCGUUGUAGUAACGAAUUUACCUUCAAAAUCCUCAAUAAAGACCACAAGCAGCGGCGCAGCGAAAAAAUCUGUGGAGCAAAUCAAAGACCCAGCUCUUAUUAAUCUAAAGUCUCCACUUAAGUCCAAUCCAAACCAAUCAGUCCAAGCUUUAGUAAAGGAGAUUGAGGCUGAUAAGAAAAAAUUUUUAAUUGUACUGAAUGAUAGAAAAGGAAAGAGUUUAGCAGAGACGAAAUCAAAUGCAGCUGACUUGGGUAACACAAAAGCUAAACAAACAACCACGAUGCCAACUAAGACCGUGCAAACACCCGGUCCCCUGAAUUCGGACAAGCCAACGACUAGCAGAUCAGCGCCUAUUGUAAUAAACAAAAUCGAGAUUUUGCCUAAGCUUAAUAUUAAUAACAGGCACAACAGUCAGUUAACAAAAACAAACCCACAAACACAACAGAGAGGACCUAUGAUGGGAUCUUCACAGACCCAAAGCAGCAAUCACAACAAGAAAACGGCUGUUAAGCGAAGAUCUUCGGUCGCAGUCGAUAGAAACCCGACUAUUUCGUCUAAACUGCCAAUCCGGCGACCCUCAUAUCCAGUGCCCAGCACACAAAACCGUCGACUGGAGACAUUUAAAAGGGACCCACUUAAACCGGAAAGAAAUGCAGGCAAACGAAAGCAAGCUACAAAGAAUAUUACGGACUCUUCAAGAGUUGCAGUCGAGGCAAAACGAACAAAAACCGAUCACAGUGCGUCGGACAGUGGCUCACUGAGCUUCAACCUAUCCGACAGCGUAGUUGAGUUUCUACAGAGCGACAUGAAAACCCUAACCAAUGCAGAUAGUUUGCUGCAAUUGGCUGAGCCUGGGGAGCUGGAGCGCAGUGGCGGCGUGGUGAGCGAACAUGAGCAGAAGCAGGCACUGGAGCAACAGAAGGCAACUAAAAUUAAUAUAAAUCCAAUACCCAACGAGCUGCACAAUGAUUUAAGUCUACUUAGAGCAGUUGGGCUAACCAUUAUAAAGGAUGCGACCUAUGAGGAACUAAAAACCAUUGAAUUUGUCGAUGCAUUACGUUCAAGGGCAGCUAAAUUUGGUAUAAUUCUGCGAAAAUACACAACGAAACUACAACACAGUGCCACGAGAUUUAAUAAACAAUUCACACAAAAUAUAGUAAGAGAGUUUCUCAUGUUCACAGAAGAGGUCAACGCCGAAUUCAAGACCAAUUUGAAUGUCUGCGAAUUGAAGCGCAUUUUAAAUUUAAUCAAUGCCUGGCGUGCACAACAAAUUGAUCUUAAGUUCUUCAAAAAGAUCACUCUAACGUCUUCAAUUGAACAUUAUAUGCAGCUGUUCGCCUUUCUGCCCAAGAUCAAUUCUUGUGUGUAUUACUGUGAGUGGUGCGAGGAGAGCAGCAGCAACAAGUCGCGCUACGAGAAGCAUCGUUUAAUACACCUGUGUCGAUCCAUCUGUCCCCAUUGCAAGCGCGUCUUUAAGAAGCAAGGUUGCCUGAUUAAUCAUCUGCGCAACGCACAUGGCCAGGAACAAUUGCUUUGAGCCAUACAACUUCCAGCUUUUGGGUUUCGUUUUAGAUUAACGUUAACCUAAGUUUAAUAUUAUUUCACAUUUACAAACAAACAUAUAUAUCUAUGCCAAACUUAGAGUAAUUUUAGUUUAUACAUUGUAUAAAGAGUAAGCUCAGAUAUCAUGUGCGUCAACGAUGUCAAAGCCAAGAAACAUACAAGUUUCCUUGUGCCAAAAAACCAUAGCUUUUUAACUGAAUACUAUCUAAGCUAAACUAAGCUGAAAUCUAUUCAGUUUUGUAAAAAUUUAAAAACGAGAUCAGAGAUUUCCUUGUUAUAGAUAAAACAUAAUAUGUAUUAGCUGUCAGCAAAUUUAAGGAACAUUAGAAUUUCCUUAUUUUAAACUAAAUAUAGCCUUUACUUUUUGUAUCUAUGCUAAACUAUAGAUAAAACUUAAGUUCCAUAAUAUUCAAUUUUUUUGAAGAUCAAAGCCAAGCAACAGGAGUUUUCUUGUGCCAUUCAACGUAGAGGUUUUACUUGUUAUAUCUAUGCUAAGCUAUAGAUUAAACUUAAGUUAAAGUUUAUUAAACUUUUUUAAUUUAAAAAAUUUAAUUUGUUAGAAUUGUGUUUACGAAAUUGUGUACUUGCUAAAUGCCAAAGCACACAAAGACCGUUACACUCUUUUAAGAAAUGCUUUUUAUCAUUAUAUUGUUUAACUUU